CAACCAACCUAGCCUUGGGGUCUUGCGGAACAAACCACCUGCAUUUCAGGUUGGUGGCCCACUCAACAUUGCUGUCCAUUGACGCCGACGCGACCAUAGUACAAGGUGGCAGUCGCAAUGGUUCAAUACAAUCCGGCGUGUUACCUGCCCGCUUCCUGGUCAUCCUAUAUUCCCAAUGCCAUCGCCUGUCCUCCGCCGCCUUCGCUGGCUUCUACCAUCUACAACUAUGCUACCUGGCCAUUUACCUCCACUUACGGCACCGUGCGGUCACUGACCGAUGCUCUGAUCGGCCUCCCAUUCCUCUCCUUCCUCCUCAUUCCCACAGUCGGCUCGUACUCUACCAGCCUCAAUCUACUCUUCUUCUACCUUACCUGGUCGACCCUUGUCCUGUCCCAUCCUCCUCUCCGAGUCGAGAUCAUCGGCACGCUCGCUGUUCGCAUCUUCUUCUACAUAAUUCCCUCAUUAUUCUUUGUCGCAUUUGACGUUCUGUUGCCCUCGGCGGCGGAGAACUUCAAGGCCCUCGGUGAUGCUGCCCUCCCUUUCAAGGACGCAAAGCGCAAACAAGUCAUUCGUCAUUUCCGCAUUAUAGGCUGGUCUCUCCUCAAUAUUAUCCUCUCCGUUGCGGUUCAAGGAUGUGUGGAGAUCCUCUUUACACAGGUCUUUUUGAUCCGCUCUGCUCUGCGGGUCACCACUACACUCCCACUACCAUUUGGGAUACUCAAAGACAUUACCAAGGGCUAUCUGGUCCGCGAAAUACUGGCUUACGUCUUCCAUCGAUACUUACUGCACGAACAGCGUAACAGGCUGUCCCAUGGCCAUUCAACCUGGUACCACUCUCUAUCUACACCUUUUCCACUGUCCGCCAGUUACGACCACCCGGCGUCCUACCUGGUUCGCUCAUUCUUGCCGACAUACCUUCCUGCCGUUCUGUUCCGCUUUCACUUGCUCACCUACAUCAUCUAUUUGACACUGGUGUCGGUGGAAGAAACUUUCGCUUACUCAGGCUACUCGACGGUGCCAACGAAUUUUAUCCUUGGUGGUAUGGCCCGUCGCACAGAUACACAUGUCUUGUGCGGGGGAGAAGGCAACUACGGGCCAUGGGGGCUCAUUGACUGGGUCAUGGGAUCUAGUGUUGGAGAUGAUGUCGUGGAUGAUAUCAUGCUUGAGGCGGACAAACAUGAUGUGCCGGCUCGGGUAGAAAAGCGAGUGACCAAGGCGAGAGGAAAGGCGAAUGGCAAGGCUGCAGAACUCAAGGACCGGUUGACUGGCGAGAGAAGCUCAAAUGCGAAUGGCGGUGCAAGUCCAAGGAAGAGGAGAACAACAAGAGCAAGGAGCGAUAGUUGAACAAUCGCUUUGUUUUGGAUUUGAGGUUUUGUACAUUGCUAUUGUUGUAUUGUCUGUCCACCACACACUGCUUCCUUGACAGUGGUCAUGCUUUGGCGCUGAGUUUCCGUUGCGGUGUCCCUGGAGUGGUUGGAUUGAUAUCUAGUCUGUUAUUUCGAAGGAUACCCAGUGUACAAGCUAAAGAAUGCAAUGUAAAAAGAUACCCAUUUGGUUGA